AGGUGCAAGAUGUGGUUGUUCAUUGCAACCUUGUUUUUGACACAAGCAGCUGCAAACUCAGAAGAUGUCAUCGAGCACACAAAGGGUGCAAAUCCUGAGACAUUCAUGAAUAUUAGCCAAAUGAUCUGCUACAGAGGGUACCCCAGUGAGGAGUACGAAGUCCUGACUCGUGAUGGUUACUAUGUCAGACUAAACAGAAUUCCUCAUGGGAGAGAAAAGCCUAGAAAUGGAGGCCCCAAACUAGUCGUGUUUCUUCAGCAUGGGCUACUCGGUGAAGGCAGCAACUGGGUUGAAAAUCUGUCUAACAACAGCCUUGGCUUCAUACUAGCAGACUCUGGCUAUGACGUCUGGCUGGGAAACAGUCGAGGAACACGCUGGUCCCAGAGACACCAGCAUCUUUCCACUGAUCAGGUUGAAUUCUGGGAUUUCAGUUUCCAUGAAAUGGCUAUGUAUGACCUCCCAGCAAUGAUCAACUUUGUUCUGCGGAAGACCGGCCAGAAGCAGAUAUAUUACGUGGGCUACUCUCAGGGUGCCACUAUUGCAUUCAUAGCAUUUUCAUCCAUGCCAGAACUGGCUCAGAAAAUCAAAAUGUUUUUUGCCCUGGCUCCUGCAGUGAUAAUUAAGCACGCCAAAAGUCCAGUUAUGAAAAUGUCAUUCCUGCUUGACAGACAAUUCAAGAUAUUUCAGCUCUUGCUUGGCCAAACGGAUGCCUCACUGCGAAUGAGGAAGCUCUGGAGAUUUCUUCCUGACCUGUGCAGGCACCCAGUCUUGCACAAGCCCUGUGCCACCCUGUUGUUCCUGCUGGGAGGCUACAAUGAGAAGAACCUCAACAUGACCCGUCUGGAUGUAUACACAGCCCACUAUCCUGACAGGACAUCAGUCAAAAACAUGAUACACUGGGCCCAGGUGAUGACCUCAGGAGACUUCAAAGCCUUUGACUACGGCAGUGAAAACCAAGCCAUAUACCACCAGGAGACACCUCCCUCCUACCAGCUGGAGAAGAUGCCCGUGCCCACUGCAGUGUGGUCAGGGGGUGAGGACUGGGCAGCUGACUGGAGGGGCGUGCACCUGCUGCUGCGCCGCAUCAUCCAUGUCAUUUCCUAUGUGCACAUCGCCGACUGGAACCACUGGGACUUCAUCUGGGGCUUGGAUGCCCCCGGGCGCCUCUACAGCCACAUCCUGGCCCUGAUGGAGAGGUCCCGGUAGAGCAGGACCUGGCUCAGCAGGCCGGCUGCAUCUUGUCACAGGGAGGCAGGGGACCGAGAGCAGCCCGU